AGCUCAAUCAUGAGAUUAUCAGCCUCGGAGUCCUUCCCUAGACAUUCAGCUCAUGUUUCGUGACAGAACUGCUGCUUCAUCUCGCAUACUUUCUUUGUUAUGCUGACUAACGUGGAUUUUCUGAGCACAGUUUAAGAUGGAUUAACAGAAGGAGCGGGUGAGAACAUGAGGAGAUGUGUUGAGGAACAGCAGAGCAAUAUCUUGGCAGAAUAAACCAGCAGCAUGACGAAACUUCUGGCCCUCAUCAGUGUGCUCGGCUUCAGAUUGAUGGGCUGUGUUCACAGUGAGUUUAUCGAGCCGUCUCCGUCUCUGGCCCUGCGCUCGUUCUCCGGCACACAGACCCGGAUGCCCUGCCGCUUCACGGUGAAGGGCGACGAGAAGCUGGUGCAAGUGACCUGGUACAGAGAGAAACCAGGAGGAGAACGAGAACAGAUCAUCAUAGGACACUUUACUGAAGGACCUGAAGCGUCUCCUGAUUUUCUGAAUCGUGUUCAGUUCGAGAGCUCCGACCCGACCGUCGACUCCACGCUGCUGAUUCUGAACACAAAGAAGGCCGAUCAGGCCACAUCCACCUGCCACGUCUCCAUCUUUCCCUCCGGAAACUUCGAGAGACAAAUCAGUCUGACUGUCUGGAUUUUGCCGAUCGCUUCUCUGGAGCCGGUGAUUCUGCAGGAAGGCCAGUCGUUCCGCGUAGCUGCCUCCUGUCGCUCGGUUGGACACCCUUCACCGCGUUUGUCCUGGGACACGGACUUUCCCGGGCAGUCGCAGAACCGCACUGGAGAAGAUGGAGUCGUAACCUCGCAGUUUUCCCUGCAUCCGCUGCGCAGCAUGAACAAGCAGCGCCUGGACUGUCUGGUGUGGCAUCCCGCUCUCGACGGCCCGCAUAGAAUCAGCAACGAGCUCGUCGUGCACUAUCCUCCUGAUGCAUUGAUUGCUGAUUCUGGUUCCUGGAGAAUCGGACACUCGGGAUCUGAGCUCAGAUGUGUGGUUAAAGGAAACCCGUUGCCGCAAAACGUCACGUGGAGCAGAAAGGACGGUCGUCUGCCAGCAGGAGUGCUGGUUAAAGAGGACACACUGGUGUUUGUUCGGCCUCUGAACGUGACGGAUGAAGGCGUGUACGUCUGCCAGACAGCUAACAGCGUGGGAAUCACUAAAGCCGAGUUUAAAGUGGAGAUCGGAAAACAUGCAUCUGAAUCCGCACACGCUCUGGGAAGCCUGUCAGAGACUCUGCUCAUCGUCAUCGGAGCGUCUGUCGCCGGGAAACAUGCAUCUGAAUCCGCACACGCUCUGGGAAGCCUGUCAGAGACUCUGCUCAUCGUCAUCGGAGCGUCUGUCGCCGGGGUUUUGGUCAUCGUUAUUGUGAUCGCCAUCGUCUUCGUCAACUGUCACCUUAGACGCAAGAACAGGAAGCUGAAGCGAGCGCUCAGCGUCAGAACGGAGGAGAUGAUCAGUCUGUCGCGGCAGGUUUCCAUGAGGAGACUCAACUCCAUCAACACUGAUCCCAGAACAGCGCCAGAGGAGAGUUCACUGAUUCAGAUGGACAGUGUGACGAAGGGCAGUGUUUUUUCAGUGGAGGAUCAUUCAACGCUGAGUGACGUGAGAGGCAGACGUGGAGACAGAGAGUACGAUAGUCUGGGACGUCCCGCCAUCUACACGACGUACUGCCCGGAGCGAUCCAGCAAGAACACGAGACAGAUUGAGGAGGAGAGAAAUGAGCGCAGACGGAGAGUAGAGUCCUACGUCAAAUCCAGCAAUAUGUCACUGUUUAUUUUUUGA